AUGGCGGGCAGUGAAGGUGCAGUGUGUGGGGAUGCUGGAAAGACGGAUGCGAAAGAAAAUCUAGUUGGGGGUUUGGCUUUGGAGCAUACUUGGAUUCUGAAGCCCGAGCCUGCAACCUGCCUCCAGUCAGAGACGGAAGCUUCUGAGGCCGAGCAGCCGGGCCGAGAAGAGCGCGUCAACGAUCGCUACCCCACUCGUCUGGCCAGAUCCAAUCGGGUCAAGCUCUCGAUCAACGACCCGACAAUCCCCUCAUCGAUCCGAGCCGAGCUUGUCCAUAUGUGUGAUCCCUUCCAAAAACGUGUGCAGACGUGGGCCCUGAGCGAUAAGAUAAUUAAGGUUAGCAUGGCCCGCACCUGCCCGCACACGAGCGAUUAG